AUGAGCGAGAAAAGCAUUGAGCAGCAGCUUCGGGACAUUGAAAAGCUUCAGGGUGAUGCAUUACACAAAAUGUAUGCAAAACGUGCUGGGCGAACGGUUGAACUUGACAUAAGGGAUUUUAGGCAUCCUCGCAUAAUCAAGCACGCUUUUAUGGAUCCAGUUGAUACGCAACCUAACUCUCCACUGCUACAGGUCGGAGGUCAUAGGCCAAAUGCACCUGGGUCAAAGGAAGGCAUGGAAGAAGAAUUAGACGAAAAGGGAGCUGGUUCUGAGAAGAAAGAAGAUAUGGCCCACGAAGAGCAGGGUAAGGAGUUGUUAUGA